GGUAUUGUAACCCAUAUUCACGUCUAAAUCCACAACAAGUCCACAAAUCGCAACAUGUUCAGAACACUUCUCGCCGCUCGACCCCUCAGGUCAAUCGCCCCUGCCCCUUCCACGUUCGUUCGAACUCAGUCCUUUGCUGCUUUGCGAUUAUAUUCCACCCCUCCAGCUGCUUCUCCGCCUUUGGAUAACGGAGAGGAGGCAAUCUAUAAAAAGUUGAAGGAGAGGUUUCCUGGGUCAAGGUUAGAAGUUCAGGACGUUUCUGGCGGCUGCGGUUCAUUCUACGCGAUUCUCAUCUCUUCUCCUGCCUUUAAAGGUCUCACAACUGUCAAGCAACACAAGUUGGUAAACGAGUGUUUAAAGGAGGAUAUCAAGGGGAUUCACGGUCUUCAAUUGAAGACUAUCCCCGAAUAAAAUCAUAGAUAUCUAGCAGUGUAAAUUGGACUUGGGGAGCAUACUUAACGAUAUAUAUAAUGUACGAACCAAUGUAUGUAUUAUGCAUA